UAUUACUUAACACUUACAUUGAAUGGCAAUUUGAGUGACUUUAUACUGUGUGCGAACAGCAUACCUGGCCCUAUCAACAUCUGGAUAACUUCGAAAAACUACACCCAAUUCUGAUUUGGCAAUUCUCGUAAACAAUGGACGCUCUUAAAGAAGCGUCCCUGGACAACGAAGAAGUGCGCGAGAUCCUAAAGAACACCACAGAUUUGCGCCAAUAUUCGCGACAAAUUGAAAAGGAGUUCAAAGAUGUGGAAAAUAAAUCAAUUGAGGAUUACAUUGCCGAAUCGCAGAACAUUGCCAAUCUGCACAAUCAAAUCAACGACUGUGACGAUGUGCUGGAACGCAUGGAGAACAUGCUGAUGAGCUUCCAGAGCGUGCUCAAUAACAUCAGCACCGAGAUAACACAGCUGCAACGCAAGUCCGUAUCUAUGUCGCUUCAGUUGACCAACAGGCAGUCGGUCAAGGCGCAGCUGUCGCAGUUCAUCGAGGACAUGGCCGUCUCCGAGGAUAUGAUCAACAUUAUUAUGGACACGGCUGUGACAGAGCGCGAAUUCAGCAACCAACUGAAUGUGCUGAACCACAAGCUGUCAUUGGUCAAGGAGCUGAGCUUUAAGGAAUCCAAGUCAACGAGCGAUGUCAGCGAUGUGCUGCACAAGCUGCGCCUCAAAGCGAUGUCCAAGAUACGCAGCUACCUGCUCGAACAGAUAUACAAGUUUCGCAAGCCCAUGACCAACUAUCAGAUUCCGCAGAAUGCGAUGCUGAAGCACAAGUUCUUCUUCGAGUUCAUAUUGUCCAAUGAGCGCCAUGUAGCACAGGAGAUAUGCAGCGAGUACAUCGAUACCAUGAGCAAAAUCUACUAUAGUUAUUUUAAAAGCUACUCGACACGCCUGACAAGCCUUAAAUUUGAGGAAUCCUGCACCAAGGAUGAUCUAAUGGGCAUCGAGGACAAUGCGUCCAAGGGCCUGUUUGCCAAAACAACGAGUCUCAAGCAUAAGAGCACAAUCUUUACCAUUGGAAAACGCGGUGAUAUACUUAAUCAGCAGCUGGAGGCUCCAAUUAUAGUGCCCCAUGCACAGCUCAAGAAUCGAUACACGGCGGAGGCGCUGUUCCGCUCAGAGCAAUAUGCCCUGGUUGACAAUGCAUGCAGAGAAUAUUUAUUUGUUACUGAAUUCUUUAUGGUGCGCAGCACCCAAGCGCAGGAUCUGUUCAACCAAAUUAUGGGAAAAACGUUAACCUUGAUGAUUAAAAAUCUGGAAACAUCUAUACAUGAUUGCUAUGAUACUAUAGCCAUGUUCCUUUGUAUACAUUUGAUCUUUCGCUACCAGCUUAUGUGCCACAAGCGCUGUGUGCCAGCGCUGGAUAAGUAUUGGGACUCACUGCAAUCGGUUAUUUGGCCACGUUUGGAGUACGUUUUUCGUUUGAAUAUACAGAGCAUUCACGACUGUGAUCCCACCAAGUUCAAUAAGGAAAUGGGUCCACAUUAUAUAACACGGCGCUAUGCAGAAUUCAGUGCCGCCAUUGUUGGAAUCUCGGAGCAUUUUCCCAAUGAGCUGGUUAGCCGGCUGUUACUGGAGCUACAAAACGAAGUGGAGUGCUUUAUUUUGCGUAUGGCCGCAAUUUUCGCUACACGCAAGGAUCAGCUUAUUUAUUUGAUCAACAACUAUGAUCUAGUGCUUGGCGUGCUCAUGGAGCAUACGCGUGACAACUCCAAAGAGGCUGAGGCAUUCCGUGAGCAGUUGAAUGCACGCAGUGCAGAAUAUGUGGAUGAAAUUUUAGCCCCACACUUCGGAGGUAUAAUACAGUUUGUGAAGGAGGGCGAGCAAUACGUGGAAAAGGAUCAAGCAGAUGAGCUACGUAAGCAGGAGAGACGUAGUCUCGGCCUUGUAGCUAGUUUCUCUGCGAAUUGGAAGAAAUCUCUAGAGGAGCUUAAUCGUGAGGUACUUCUAUCGUUCCCAUCGCUGUUGACCGGCUCUCAGCUGUUGCAAUUAGCUUUGGCCAGUCUUGUCCAAUAUUAUCAUCGUUUCCACAAGCUGCUGACGCCCAAUGCGCGCGCCCAGCUAACGAAUAUCCAUGUAGUCAUGGUCGAGAUCAAGAAGUACAAAAGCAACUAUUGACGGGACAAUUUAAAAU